UCACUGUAUAUUUUAGAGUAUGCGAAAUGCUACUUGUAUGACAAUUGCUCCAUAUCGCCGCCAUUACGAAUUUAAAAAUUGCACAUGUACCUUUCACCUGUGCGAGUGUGAAAAAUGAAAUGGAUACCAGAAAGAUUGAAUCGGGAGUCCAAUUAUUCUCACGAUUAAAUCAGCGUCCGUUAUUGGAGAAUCUUUAUCCCGAACUAAUCGAAAGUGGCCCGUUUCCGAACGAGUUCAUCGAAAUAGCCGGGGGCCUCGGCGUCGGCAAGACCACCCUCCUCAUGGACCUCAUGAAACGCUGCCUUCUACCCGCCGAACAUUCGGGAAAGGGAUGCGGGGUCGUUCUGAUUAACGGCGAUCAUCACUUCGACAUGUUUCGUUUCGUCGCAAUGUUCGAUGUCGAUCUGCAGGUCGUGAAAUCGUGCCUCGCCAAUUUAAUCGUUCUCAAUUGUUACGACAGCGAUCAGCUUCAGGUGACAUUUUACAAUUUGGAGAACAUCUUGUUGACGAAUCCGAAAAUCGGAUUCGUUGCCGUAGACAGCAUCUCCGCUCAGUACUGGCAGUAUCGGAGCAACAAGGGGGUGAUCAGCUCACACGGUUAUCAUUGCAAGAUGAUGCGUGCGAUUGAGGAGAGCGUUAGAAAUUGUAAUGUAGUCGUCGCCUACACGAAGCAAGAGAGCGGAAAGGAAAUACGAUUCCAGGCAGGCGUCCAUCGCAUAGCUUUACACGAAGAUCAGGGUAAAUCGUAUGCUAUUGUUAAUAAAUGUGAGGCCGGAGUUCCCUUUGUACUUAAUGAUCGAAUUACCUUCUCUGUUUAAAACCUGCUUUUCUGUGCCGUUAUUUCAAAUUUGGGUUAUUAUACUGUAAUUUAAGACACUUUAAUUAUAGAGACAUUUAUCAAAGGUAAUAUCCAGGCCAGUAUGGAAUACCCCCCAGUGUCGUUAACUGGGGGAGUCCUACACCUGCCGGUAACACAUUCUUGUACAAACUGGGUAUGCUUCGGGUCUCGUAACAGUUGUUGGGGAAGGAUUGUGAGAUCCUCUUGUUUGUUCAGCAGAAAACAGAACUGGGGGUCUGGGGGAGGUAUUGAAUACCCCUCCAAACGACAGACUAUUUCCAAUUUAUGUUAAAACCUCAGCACUUUAAUGGUGGUAUUUUGGAAAUGGCAAUGGAAGUGUCAUCUACUCGAAAUUGGUUUUUUGCCCAUAAAUAUACCUAUUAUUCAA